AUGAGCCCUCUACCGGCUUCGGAGUUGUUCUACCACUUUACAGUCGAUCUGGACUCGGGCCCGAAUGCCUUAUUUGGAGGUGGAGAAAGAGUGACCGGCCAUGUUAGGAUAAAAUUGAAAAAGUCGACGGCCAUUCAGGUCAUACGAAUUCAAUUCAAAGGUCGCGCGUGUUUGAAAGACCACAAGAAAGGGCAUGACAUUGAAAAAGUGAGUAAUUAGACAAGUCUUUAAUUACCCUCAACUCGAUGAUCUGAACUUGACUUUUUUCAGAUAUUCUUUGACAAAGACUUUGUCCUCUUAGAACGACCUCCUGGUAACCCAGUUGCUGGCAACUUUCAAUGGAAAGCGGACUUUGAUUACUCGCUUCCUUUUGAAUAUCUACUUCCAAUGGGAUGUCCCAGUUCCUUUGAGAGCCCAGAUGCCUUUGUCCGGUACUUUGCCCGAGCAACACUUCAGACAUGCGAAAGUCAAUCGGUAAGUAAUGCCGUUUUAUCCAUUAUUGUCGCUUUCAGCCAAUUUACAUUUCGAAAUGCCACUUUUCAAUUUAUGAUUUCGAAUCAACCGCCGCGGUUGAGCAACAAUACGAAGAGCCGUAUGUGCAAAGGAAGACAUUUAAAUCUUCUGGCUGUUGUUGUUGCAAACGAAAAGUAUAUUUGGAAUUGAUCAUGCCUAAAAGAGCCUUUUAUGCGAACGAAGUUCUACAGUCCCGUCUAAUUAUUGAUAAUAUAGCGGAUACAAGGAUUGCUCAAAAUGUAAGACAUUACAUAAUCAUGGUUACGGUAUCAAUGUAGAUCGCUUUUAACAUAGUUGAGAGGACAGCCAAAGCCGAGACUCCAUUUACGGAAGUCCAGAAACAACCCGCUCGUGUGAUUAAGUCGGGCAAGGUUGAUGGCGAGGAUGUCGAAAAGAAACGGAACACCAUCAUCAUAAAUCGACUAGAUUUCACCGCUGCCCCCAUUUCAGUCUCAAACUCGCUAGGUGAGAUUCAUGACAAUUAUUUCGAAGAAACAAUUUUUAGCCAACUCUACAUUGCCUCGGGACAGCUCUAAUCCAGCCUUGUCGCCUGAUGAUUCUGCCAACAAACUCUUUGAUCAUCCUUCGAUCAUCUCACAAACAAGAAAAGAGCCCUUAUUCGACAUUCACUAUGCCCUACAGGUAAUCUAAAAUCGUAUAUUUUCAAUUUAUAUCGGUUUAGAUACUUAUUGGGAAGUUCUUAAUCGAAGUUCCUUUUGUUCUGAAGCCAACGGGUCAAGCUGAGACCAAGGCGGCAUUUGCGUCAGCUAACGAAAGCAACGUGGUCAAGUUUAUCCCAUCGGAAGUCACAGAAAUCAAACAUUCCGGAUCUUCCAGGGACAUCAAGGACCAUUUUGCAGAGCCGGACGAAUCCGAUAAGUUAUUCGUCGGCUCUCCGGAUUAUACGUUUGUCCCCUUGGUACCGGUUUAUGAGAAACCCCCAGAAGAUGGUAAUUCAUAUCGUUGGCCAGAGUUGGGAACAUUCGGAUCCAACCAGAAAUUAAUCUGGCAUCCGGAUGAAAAGGAAGAGAAGGAACAAAAAGAAAAAGAAGCAAAGGAAGUAAAAAAACAAAAAAAGAAAGAAGCCAAAGAAGAUAAAGUGAAAGCCAAGAAAGAGAAGAAAAGUAACAAGAAAGAAAAGGGAGAUAACAAAGAAACUGAACCUCUCCUAAGCAAAGACGCAGACGAGCCUAGUGUGUCAAGGGUCGUUGGUAAGCCAUUAUUUUCACCCUACAGGGGAAGUACUCCAAUUGCGUCGCUUGUCAGAUCUUGAUGAAAUUUGGCACAAUUUAGGUUUUUUCUCAACCAUUUCUCAAAAAACCGCUUUAAAUUGCAACUAGAGCAAAAUUUUAGUUUUUCGGGGUCUCAACGUCUUUAAUAUUUCGGGCCCGAUCUGCCCCAAAUGAAGGGUAGCCUUUUUUUGGAGUUGGCAUGAAAAUUUUCAGGCACCUUGAAUCGGGCGCGAGCUAAAAAUUUCAGGCAUUGAUUGAUAUGUGACCUAUGUCGUGUUCGCAAAACUUUAAAAAAUCUGAGCGUCGCACUUCAAACACUUCCCUUGUUAAGAUUUAUCCUUCAAAAACUUUAAUCUAUCACAUUUUCAGUUCAAGAAAGAGAAUUUAAAUCGUUGGAGCCUUCAGGCGAUGGAAACUUCGUCGAAACUGAGACAAGAUUCAUUGAGACGAGAACGGUGAAGGUUGUAGAACACCAUGGAGACUCUCCAUCCCAAAUAACCGAGACUGUAACAGUAAUAGAAGGUCAUGGACAAGAUGCCCCAAUCACGACAACAUACGAGACAACGAGGAAUGAAUUGGUGAGGACAGAGAGGACACCGGAAUCUCAAGAGACCGAGAUUAUCAUCCAGAAAGAGGCAUUACCUGAGGUCGAGAUCAGAAUUGAAGAUGUCGACAACGACAAAAAUGACGUGGAUAUCAGGGUAGAGGAUAUAGUUCAAAAGUUGGAGGACACUGCACAAAAAGUUGAACAUAUCCUUGAAAGAUCAGAAGAAGUCACAGAAAAUGGAGAAGUACACAUAGCAGAUGAUGUCGAACAAAAUAAAGGAAUAAAGAAACCACUGCCUCAAUCAAACGGAGAGAUCGGAGGAACAAAAGAAGUCGAAGAGACUUCUUGA